UGCGCUGUGUCCCUUGUACACAGUGGACCACCGAUCCACAGAAAGAGCCAAAGAUUUCAGCUCAGUCAUGUGAUCAGCUGUGUCCAAUCACAGCUGCAUCAGGGCACUGAUGAUCAGUGUGCCCUGAUGAUCUGUGUAGCCCCAGCAGUGUCACCUGUCAGUGUUCAUCAGUGCCAGCUCUCAGUGCUCAUCCAUGCCACCUGCCAGUGUCCAUCAGUGCACAUCAAUGCCACAUAUCAGUGCCCAUCUGAGCUGCCUUUCAGUGUCACCCAUCAGUGCCACCUAUCAGUGCUGCCAAUCUGUGCCACCAAUCAGUGCCAGCCAAUGCCGCCUAUCAGUGCAAGUCAGUGCCACCUAUCAGUGUGCAUCAGUGCCGCCUAUCAGUGCCCGUCAGUGCUGCCUAUCAGUGCCGCCUAACAGUGCCAGUCAGUGCCACCUAACAGUGCCAGUCAGUGCCGCCUAUCAGUGCCACCUAUCAGUG